AUGAACACCAACUUAUGGAUCCAACAGUCUAGCAGCAGACGUGCACCAGGACGCACCAUGAAUCGCUCGAAGAUGGCCUUUGCCGCCCUUUUGGUUGUCAGUUGCCUCGCGUACGCAAACGCCUGGGGCGGACUUUUCAACCGCUUCAGUUCAGACAUGCUCGCCAACUUGGGGUACGGGCGGUCCCCCUACCGCCAGUACCCCUACGGCCAGGUGGAGCCUGAUGAGAUCUAUGCCGAAGCCUUAGAGGGCAAUCGGAUCGAGAAUGCUAUCGAGGAGACAGCUCAUUGCUACAGUUCUCCGUGCACCAUCAACGGAGACUGCUGCCGUGGGCUGCUUUGUCUGGACACAGAAGAGGGAGGUCGUUGCCUCCCAGCGUUUGCCGGAAGAAAACUGGGAGAGGUAUGCAACCGCGAGAAUCAAUGCGACGCCGGACUUGUCUGCGAGGAAGUUGUACCAGGCGAGAUGCAUGUUUGCCGCCCGCCCACCGCCGGCCAUAAGCAAUAUAACGAGGACUGCACCGCCUCCAGCGAAUGCGAUAUCUCCCGUGGUCUCUGCUGCAUCAUGCAACGCCGUCACCGCCAGAAACCAAGAAAGAGCUGCGGCUACUUCAAGGAGCCUCUGGUGUGCAUCGGACCGGUCGCCACGGACCAGGUCCGCGAGUACAUUCAGCACACCGCUGGCGAAAAGCGCAUCGGCGUCUACAGACUCCAC